CCCAUCGCCUGCUCUUCACUGCCCCGCGAUUUUUGCGUGGGUUCGGAGGCGGAGGGACAACAAAAAAUGGCGGAGCGGAGCCAGACGGCGCCUGAGGCAGGCAAUGAUAUGGGAAAUGACGAAGCCAUCGGAGGGAAUGUGAGCAAAUAUAUUGUGCUUCCAACUGGAUACUGUGGACAGCCCAAGAAAGGACAUCUUAUCUUUGAUGCUUGCUUUGAAAGUGGUAACCUUGGACGGGUGGACCAGGUCUCUGAGUUUGAGUAUGAUUUAUUCAUAAGGCCGGAUACCUGUAAUCCACGCUUCCGAGUCUGGUUCAACUUUACUGUUGAAAACGUGAAAGAAUCACAGAGAGUCAUUUUCAACAUUGUUAACUUCAGCAAAACCAAGAGUCUUUAUAGAGAUGGGAUGGCCCCUAUGGUGAAAUCUACCAGCAGACCGAAAUGGCAAAGGUUGCCACCUAAGAAUGUUUACUACUACCGCUGCCCGGACCAUAGGAAGAAUUAUGUGAUGUCCUUUGCAUUUUGUUUUGACCGAGAAGAAGAUAUUUACCAGUUUGCUUACUGCUACCCUUAUACGUACACUCGCUUUCAGCAUUACCUUGACAGCCUGCAGAAGAGAAACAUGGAUUACUUCUUUCGGGAGCAGCUGGGUCAGAGCGUGCAACAGCGGCAGCUUGACCUCCUGACAAUAACCAGCCCUGACAACCUUCGGGAAGGGGCAGAGCAGAAGGUGGUAUUCAUCACGGGACGAGUCCACCCAGGGGAAACACCCUCUUCAUUUGUGUGCCAAGGGAUCAUUGACUUCCUCAUAAGCCAGCAUCCUGUUGCCCGCGUCCUACGAGAACACCUGGUCUUCAAGAUUGCACCAAUGCUCAACCCUGACGGAGUCUACCUGGGCAAUUACAGGUGCUCUCUGAUGGGGUUUGACCUGAACCGUCACUGGCUGGAUCCCUCUCCAUGGGCACACCCUACCCUGCAUGGAGUGAAACAGCUCAUCGUCCAGAUGUACAACGACCCUAAAACAAGCCUGGAGUUUUAUAUUGACAUCCACGCCCACUCCACCAUGAUGAACGGCUUCAUGUAUGGCAACAUCUUUGAGGAUGAGGAACGGUUCCAGAGGCAGGCCAUUUUUCCCAAGCUCCUCUGCCAGAAUGCUGAGGACUUCUCCUAUUCGAGCACAUCCUUUAACCGGGAUGCCGUGAAAGCGGGAACUGGCCGUCGCUUCCUUGGUGGACUGCUGGACCACACUUCCUAUUGCUACACUCUGGAGGUCUCCUUCUACAGCUACAUCAUUGGAGGCACCACGGCUGCUGUGCCCUACACGGAGGAAGCCUAUAUGAAGCUGGGGCGGAACGUGGCGAGAACGUUUUUGGAUUAUUAUCGGCUAAACCCCAUGGUGGAGAAAGUGGCAAUUCCCAUGCCGAGGCUGCGGAAAGAAAAACCCCCUCCCUACAAGUACCCACUCCUGCGGGGCUCGGCCAGCAACUACCCCAACGGCAAAGGGGACAAGAAGAGCUCAGUGAACCACAGAGACCCUUCAAACUCUUUUUAGGGGCACAGAGUCUAGUCAGGUCUUGUGGAGGCAGGAGUGUGCAUUUUCUGCUGGGGCAUGAAAUUAAUCACCCUUCCCUAGUUUCCAAGGGUUGUGGGAUAACGAAUAAGCUAGUGAAGGGGAAGGAAAAAAAUGAGAAAUUCAUCAUUGAUUUUCCCUUUUACCAAUGGAAAAUCAAUUGUGAGCCUUCAGCUUAAGACUCAGGAACGAAAUAGGAGAUUCAGACCAGGCGAGUACAGAUGCUAUUUUCCACAACACAGAGAUGCUCACAGAAAGAAGAAACCCUACACAUCCCUUUUGAGAGGUUUGACACAUCUCAGGUCAGUGCUUUCAAAGCCCCUUUACCUUUUAAAGUUGUAUAGUUACUACGGAUGGUUACCUUUUAGAAUAGGCCAUGGUUGUUUACAGUUUUAGAAAUGCACUCUCUAUAUUUGCUGAUCCCAGACAACAGCAACAACACAUAAAACCCAAAGACAAAUGUACUGUUGGGAACAAUGGGACAGAAUUUUUGAAAUCAAAGUGGUCUCAGACAUACACUCUAUCUAUGAGCUGCACGCUUCCUGCCGCCCUCAAAUCCCAGCAUGCAACUUCAGAAAACUGCUCUGAGAGCUAUUUCCCGAUGACCUGGGUAGCUGAAUUGAAACAGUAGCUCCAAAGACAAAGUGUAUUGGUUACUCUUUCCAAAAGGUCCCUCAUGGUUAAGAUCUCCAGAGCCCGGUGUCAGGGAUCAAGCCUGGCCACUGAAUUGGUGGGCACGGAUAAUCUAUAACCGGGGCAGGCUGACUGCCAGGUAAGAAGAUGAAAACGACAAAAGGAGGCCCCUCAAGGCAGGCAGGGAUGAUAAAAUAAAGCAACAGCAGCAGCAAUUCCCAAGGUGAGGGAGCUGAACGUUGUGCAUUUUUCUAAAGAGUGAAGUGCAUUCGUAUGAUGAAUGGGUCCGGGGGAGACCGCUCCCUUCCCGCCUGUGAAGCGGCAGGCUGAGUCACCAUGACAGCCUGCUAAUUGAAAUGACCUCCCAGAAAUGAGGAUUAGGAGAUAGGGAGAGGAAGGCAGGCACAAGGAGAGAGGGCCGUUAGCACAAGUAGCUCCAGUAAGCAUUCUUUUGCUCUGGGUUGAAGAUUUUCAAAGUGUGCUGCAAAAAUGGAGAGCAAAGCUUAUUUUCCCUUUGCUUAUUGGUUAUCAGAAAUGAUAACAAAGAACCAUAUGUUAGUUGGCUACAAAUUUUGUGUUGUGUAUACAGUUUCUCUCCUGGGUUCUCGUUGCCCAGAGGAGCACAAAUAAAGUGGUUUAUGCAGCUCUUCUGUUCCUCUGAGCUUUCUUGGCACCUUUCCCUUGAGGUCUCUCGCUCUCUCCAGAACCAACCAGCCAACCCAAAUGCGGUGUAACCCUCACUUUGCUGUCAGGGAGUCUGUCAUCAAGAUAAAGAAGAACAGUCAAGACUUGACUUUCCAGUAGUUCCCGUGUCAGAGUGCUGGGGAGUUUAGUUGACUGCAGCCCGCUCAGUGUGAGCCCACCGUGUGGAAGGCCUUUCAGAAAUUAUAGCAUCUCUUGAGUCAGCAUCAGUUUGCGUAAAAGAAGAGAGAUGAUCGUCCAGAACUAUUUUUCCCUGGUCAGAUCACUUCCGUAACAUUGUGACCAUAUCUAGGCUCCACUUUCUGAAGAUUGCAUUGGUUAGUUGGAUCCCAGGCCACACAAGCAGCAGGCAUGCUGGUGGUUUAAGAGGACAGACUGAGAGCCAGGCAACUCUGGGUUCCAAUUCUGCAUUCAAACCCUGGUUCUGUCUCUUAACACCUGUGCGAUCUUGGGCAACUUCUUUAACCUCCCUGAAUCUUAGUUUCGUCACCUAUAAGGUGGUAUUAGUGCUGUCUACCUCCUCACAGUGGUUACGUAGGUUUAAUGAACUUAGAUAAGGGAAGUGUCAGCAAAGGUGCCCGAUGAAUGACAGCUAUGUUAUUUUGGUAUGUGACCCGGAUGGUAAGUUGUCUGCAAACCAUUUCACACCAGAAGCAGAUAAGGAGACUGGCGCUGUUCAUCCCUGAGAUUAAAAAUAAGGGGGCGGGGUAGCAAAACAAGGUCAUAAUCUCUAAAAUGUUGAAAGGACAUCUUUGACAUUCUUUUUGUCCAAAAGAAGUAAACUUGUUCUGUUUUGCCAAAAGUAUGAACCAAAUCCAGGGAGGUAGUCUCGGUGAGACAGAUUUCAACUCAAAAAUGAGGAAAACUUUCUAGUGAAUGGAGUUGCCAACCACUGGAUGGGCUCCCUUGGGAGACAGUGAGCUCCCCAACACCAGAGGUAUACAAGCAGAAUCUGAAUGAAUAUCUGUCAUGGAGG